GUUAUAAACAACCACAGUGGCAAUCUCGAGCACUGCAAAAUCCUGCAUAUGACACCCCAAACUCAAGAUGGUACGUUAGCAACUUGGAUCCAAUCAUUGAUCCAUGUGAAACACACUACAAAUCUCGGACUUGAGAGAUUUCGUGUUUAUCGUGGUGAGAAAGCUUGUGUGCUCCACUUACCCCCAAACAUAUUUUCACAUCCAAGGCUAACAUCACUCCUCCUGGCUCGAUACAAAUUCGAGUUUGCACAUGCCUUUAACAAUUGCAGUAACCUCAUGACUCUUAAACUUUAUAAAAUCAAAGUUGCAGUUGAUGUGCUCAACACAGUCAUUGCAUCGUGCCCCUCCCUCAAGAUGCUGGUACUAGAAAUCUUAUCGUGCAGCCAAACUGGAUGGUUAAAGAUUCAUAACGACAACUUAAAGUUUGUGCAUCUGAAUUGCCCUGAAAUUGAUAACAUUGAAGUGUCUGCGGCUCUUCUGGACAUAUUCUCUGUUCAUGAUAUUGAACUUGGGAGAGCGAGUAAUAUUGUUCUUGAUGCCCCAAGAUUACUCCAGUUUGGUAGAAGAAUGUGGAAGGUACAUCAGAGUUUGCCUCACAUAGUCUACAAUAUCUCAUGCGACACUCAGGGGAAUGAAAACAUUGGGCAUGAAUUUGUGACGAACAUAGAAAAUUACUUCCUGGUUGUGUUUGCAACUAUGGCGGUGAAUGUGGAUAUGGUGAAUCCAAAAGAAGUUUACAUGCUAAAGCAAGUUUUAGAUGCAUGGGCUAGAGAUUUGCAAAUGCUCGAGAUCUUCUUUAAGGAUAACGAUAUUGACAAGAAAGAAGGUGAAUCUUCUAUUGAUGGAAAACAAAAUAAGUGGGGGAAUUGGUUUCUCGAUGUUGAUUUCCGUGUGAGGAGUGUGUGUUUGUAUAACUUCAAUGGUUUGGAUGAGGAUGAAUUUGCUUUAGCUGCAAGUUUCGUGAUACAAGGGAAGAUGAUGGAAAAUUUGAUGAUCGAGACGUCUUCGCUUCCAGCAAACAAAAAGUUGGCAGUGGAUACUGCAGUGGCAAAAUUGAUGGAACUUCCAAAAGGUAACAACGUGCUUAUUAUUGAAUGCAUUUGA